AACUGGUCUAGUUAAAAAACAUAUUACAUUUAUAAAAAAAUUUAAUUUAAUAAAAUCUUGCGAGGAAAAAGCUAUAUUUAAUAGUUUAUCUAGUUUACAGUAGCAUUUAUUAGUAGUAGAAAUGCAGGUUGAUAAUUAAGGAUUAAGGAAAAACAAGAUAACAAAGAUUAAACGUGAUAAAAGAAACAACUUUUAUAAUUUCUUAAUUAAUCGUCGAAUUAUCAGAUAACUAGAUGAGAAAAGACUGACGCUGAAGCAUCAAAUCAUUAAAAAUAUGAGUUGUGAAGUCAUCAUACGUAUUUUCAAGUUCAUUCCUGUUAUCUUCAUAACAUCAAUUAUAGCAUGGUCAUGGUAUGCUUAUGUCAUCGAGCUAUGUUUCGGGGCAGUGCACAGCUCAAUUGAGGCAUUCUUUCUACUUGUAUUUUAUCACAUCUCUCUGUUUUUUUUACUAUGGUCGUACUACAAAACAAUAUUUACGAAAAUUGCUCUAGUUCCUCCGCUCUUCAAAGUAUCGCGAGCUGAGAUGGAUCAAUUGACAAACAUGAGAAGCCCUGAUGAACAAUCUAGAUUUUUGAAGACCCUUUCAAAAGAUUUGCCAAUAGUUAACUGUACGAUAAAUAAUUGCGUGAGAUUUUGUGAAAAGUGUCAGCACAUAAAGCCUGAUCGAUCUCAUCACUGUAGCGUGUGUAAUGCAUGUAACUUAAAAUUUGAUCACCACUGUCCAUGGGUAAACAACUGUAUUAACUUUUCAAAUUACAAAUACUUUAUUCUGUUUCUCGGGUAUGGCUUAACAUACUGCAUUUAUGUUUGUCUCACUAUGCUCAAGUACUUUAUACUGUUUUGGAGGAUUAAUCCAUUUAAUUAUAAGGGCGAGCUUGAAAACACAUCGACAGGCAAAUUUCAUCUUCUGUUUCUAUUCGUCGUUGCGAUCAUGUUCGCAUUCAGUUUGGUUAGUUUGUUUGGAUAUCACUUAUAUUUGGUUCUUAAAAACAGAACAACAUUAGAGGCAUUUAGAGCUCCAAUCUUUUGUAUUGGUGGACCUGACAAGAAUGGAUUUUCACUUGGCUACAGAAAAAAUUUCGAGCAAGUUUUUGGACAAGAGAAAAAGUAUUGGCUGUUGCCUAUUUUUACAAGUCUAGGAGAUGGCGUAAAAUAUCCAGUACGAAAGCACUUACUUGAAGACGUUUAAGUGCACUGAGAACAAAGUGGAAACCUUUUUUUUUAUUAAAAUUAGUAUAAAUGCUUUUCUUUUGCUAUAAAAAAGAGAGUUAAUUAUGAUGGAAAAACUGACAUUUUUGUUAUUUCUAUGAAUGUGCAU